UUGCCACAUGCCAGCAGCUCGGUUUUGUUGAUUGUUGUGUUGAGCCAGAGCAAAAAGGAAACACCGAUAAAAGGAGAGAACUGCGAAAUCCGGAAGUCCCCGUCCUGAGGCGCAAUUUCCCCCAGCAAGGACAUGGCCAGCAGCAAGGAGUUGUGCUCCAUCCGGGAGUGGGCGCCGCUCACGGAGGUCAUCGAGCGGAUUCCGGCGCGCCUGCAGCGCGGAUUCUUUCCGGCGAAUCUCAACCUGACCUGUGUGGAUGCCACCGAGGAGUUCCUGGCCAUGGGCAGCGACGCGGGCAUCGUGUUCUGGUAUAAUCGCCACACGGGAGAGAUGCAGAAGCUAAAGGCGGAGGUGGCCACUCGGAUUACGUGCGUGCGGGUCGUCAAUUCCGUGGAGUACAUGGUUGCGGCUGGGUGCGCCAACGGGCAGGUGAGCAUCUUCCAGAUACAGAAGGAGCUGCCACGGGACCUCGAUUUGGUGGCUCCUUGCACCAAGAGUCGGCCUAUUGAGCGGUACACUAUCCGGGAUCUGCACAAGUGCGUUAUCAGCUGCUGUGAGUGGUCCAAAAACGGGAUGAAGCUCUACUCCGGCGAUCGCCAGGGAGUGGUGGUGCUCACGGAGCUUGAUUACCAGGCGCACCUCAGCAAGUCGGUGGAGAUCCUGAGCGAGGCAUACGAGAUCGUACAGCUUAGCGUGCGGCAGAGCCACCUACUGGUGGCCACCCUCUACCGUUGCAUCGUAUGCCAGCUGGACGCUCAAACCUCUCAGUGGAACAUCACGCAGGUGGGAAAGAAGGAUCGCAAGCAGCUCAUCGACUGCGGGGCCAUCUUUCUGAAGAAGCAGGAAGCAAAUAAGCCGCAACUAGUCUGCGGACGUCCUGGCCUGCGCUUCUGGGUGGCAGACGCCGCGGGAAAUGUGUCCAAAACAGUGCUAUUCCGAGAUGCCGUUCUGCGCAGUCCCACCUGGGAAAUACCUAUUCUGAAUCCCAAGCAGCGCAGUGAGCCGUCCAGUACCCACCACACCACUGCGUCCACAUCUUCGACUAGACCUGCUGGACCGGCAGAUGGCGAUGCGGGCUACGUGGCUAGCAGCAACUUCCGGCAACUAUAUCUCUACGAUGGCCACGACUCACUACUGGUAACACACGACGAUGCAACUCUGUACAUACUCAACUUGGAGCGACUCAAAGUAGAAGCCGUUGCGCGAGGAUUCCGGAAGAUCCUUGAUUUCUGCGUCUGUGGAAAAGAGAUCUUCGUGCUGGAGGGCAAUCGAACAUUGCUGCGUCUAGCUCCGUUGCCGGAACCACCAAACAAAACGGCCAAAGUCAUCUUCAAUCCCCUGAUGCCGCCUCCAGUUCCGGUUCUAGGAUCGCACCUAUCACAAUUGGAGUCGCCGAUGGAGCUUCAUGCGGAGCCCGUUCUUCAAAACGCAGAGGAGUGUUUCGAGCUUUCACCGGGGGAGCAACUGAACCUGAAUGUGCCCAUCGAAAUAGCUGUGGAGUCGCCACUGACUCAACAAAAUCGCCGCUUGGAUAUCUUCCGCCGCAUCGGAGAAAUGGACUUCGAGCAGUCCAUCGUGCACACCACCCGCAAGACAUCCGUAGGCAAACCGCCCGAGGCCAGUGGUGUGGGAAUUGUUGAGAUUGGCCAUGAGACCCAUGAGCAUCGGCUGCCGCUUACCAAUGCCGCCACUCUAAUGGAGGCGAGCUACUGCCAAAUAGAGAACAAUGGUCUGGCCUCUCCGCUGGACAUGAAGACAGCCUUCCUUCAGCAUCUGCCCGAUGCGCUAAGUCCCACCACCUUGCAGAAGACCGUUGCGGAAAAGGCAAAGACCCUGGCCGCCGAGCUAGAUCUGCCCGAGGUGCAUCUAGCCCCGUUAUCGCAGGAGGAGCUUCAUGCUGUCCAGGCUCAGACCCCCCAACUAAGCGACCCGCUGAUCAGGUGCUAUCCAACGCACCUGGAAGAGGCCAGUGUCCAAACGAGUUCGCCGGAAAAUCCAACCAACCCAGCAGAUGAUUAUCAUGUAGGCGAGCCCGUAGACGGGAUACGGUCAUUUGGCGUCUCCAAGCGUAAGAUGGCUCCGCUUAAGUUCGUCAUGAGCCAGCCAAAGCCGACUCUGAAGUUGGAAGAGAACAGGGAUGAGGAGGAGUACACCAGCUUCCUACCCGAUUUUAGGCGGGCUGGCGAUCCACUGGCGAGCCACAAGGAAACGCCAGCCACGAGUGACUCAAACACCUCCAGCGAGUGGGAGUUUUUGGACAACUAGUUCAGUAUUAGAAUUAAGUGCAUACUCAUUCGAUUCCAUUUGCAUUUUCGCACUUUAUUCUCCUUGUUUCUAUGUUUGCAAAAGUGUUGUGUUUAUCAGAUUGUGUUCACACAUGAACACGAAUAUAGUUAAAGACUUACAAUUUUGGGCUCCGUUCAUAUCUUAUGUAAAUGAAUCGAGAGCGAUAAAUUAUAUUUAGGAUUUUGUUAUCUAAGGCGACAUGGGUGCAUUGCUCAAAAACAUGUAAUUUAAGUGCACACUACAUGAGUCAGUCACUUGAGAUCGUUCCCCGCCUCCUAAAAUAGUCCCUUAGUGGGAGACCACAGAUAAGGUCCUCGCCGCUCAAGAUAGGCAGAUGUGCCCGAGCGUGGGACCUCGAUAAGGCGGGGACUAUUUACUUAGGCCUCUGCGUAGGCCAUUUACUUUAAGAUGCGAUUCUCAUGUCACCUAUUUAAACCGAAGAUAUUUCCAAAUAA